AUGAAUUUUAUUACAUUAAGAUUCAAUAAUUCAGAAUUUGAACAUCGAUAUUCUUCCUAAAGAAAAAGUCUUUAAAAAUAAAGCUAAACUGUUUAUAGGCUAUUUCUCAUAAUUUUAAUAUCAUUAGAAAUCUUUGGAAAUGUUGUAUAAAAAUUAUGGUUUGAAACUAUUUUAAAUUUGUUUGCCCUUUUGAUCAUGUUGCUUGGCUAUAUUUUUAAAUAAUAAUUGGCCUCUUUAAAUAGUACUUUAACCUUAAUAGCCAUUAUAAUUUACAAUAUUUAACAUCCAAUAAAAUAAGGUUUCUUAAACCAUUCAAAUGAUAAAGAAGUAUUAUAAAGCUAUUUCAUUUGUUUAGGAACUCUAGGGUAUAAUUAUGAAAUAUUUUAGAAUAAUCUCUUAAUGGAGUUAUUUGA